AUGAGAGGCCAGUCGCCCAUCCCAAAGGUCGCGUUCGCAUUGCCCCAUCUGAUCACGCCCGUUGCUACUGCAGCGCUGCUGGUGCCUGAGCUCCUUCCCACGGGGCCACGACAGAGUGCUGCCGCCGUGCCGGAGCGGCAUGCACCCAAUCAGCGGCACCACCGGCGCAGUAGGGUGCCCAAAAAGGCAGGACGGGAUUGGGUCGGCGCGGCGGCCCUUCGCCGACGGAGGAGAAGUAGAUCCACUGUUACCGCUGACGCUUCCGGUGUCUUCGGCCCCGGCGCCGAGGUUGUAGGAAGCCUCCGGGCCGUCUUCGGUCCCCUUAUCUCCGACAUCUUCUCCGUCCCUUUGAUUCUGCCAGAGGUACCGGUGACAACACUCACUUCGUGGUGA